AUUGUAACUUAGUUAUAUAUCUAUAUCUGAUACAUGAUGCAUAGUUAGAUAGAUAGAUAGAUAGAUAGAGAGAUGACUAGGUGAAUAGGUGAAGAUAGUCUAUAUAUAUCACUAUCUAUUUCAAUCUUAUUGGAUAAAUGUCAUUAUGAAUCGGUAUAUAUUAUUUCGAUGAAUUCAAUGUCAUUACAUAAGUGAAAUGCGUGGAAUACGGUUACGUAAUGCUGCCAAUAUUAUUCAAACAAAAUCCUUAACAACACCACCACCACCACUAUCAAUAACAACAUUCAAUUCAGGUAUUAAACAAUCAAUUAAUAUAAAACAUUUAGAUAUUUUAUCACGUUAUUCAAGAUUUUAUUUAUUAAUUGAACAAUUAUCACCAAUAAUCAAUAAUUUAGAUCGAUAUAUUAGUCCAUUAUGGUUACCAUUUGGUAUUAUUAAUUGUAUUUUAUGUAUUAUUAUUUAUUCUAAUACACAAUGGAGAAAAUCAUUAAAAUAUAAUUCUAAUUUAUUAAUGAUACCAUAUGGUUAUGGUUCAUUAUCAAUUUAUUUAUUGAUUUUAUCAAUACUCCAUUUAAUACAAUGUAUCUUAGUGAUUAUUAUUGAUUUAGAUAUACCAUGGGAUACUGGAUUAUUAGCAAUUAAUAAUUUAAUAUGUCCAUUUAUUCAUUGUUUAUGGACUGGUAAUCGUUUAGCUAUUAUAUUAAUUACAAUAACAUUAGGUAUUGAAACUCUUGUAUUAUUACAAAGAGAAACCAACUUUCCAUCCAAUAGUAUUAUAAGAUGGAUUAUAGCUGAUGGAAAUCAUAAAAAAUCAAUAAGAAUUUCAAUAGGGAUUCUUUUAUUAGCUGGAAUUUAUGGUUUUAUUGAAAUAGUAUAUUGGCGUAUACAAUAUUAUAAUAUUGAAUAUGAAAGGAUACAAUCAGUUAAUCCAUUUACUUUAUCGUCAUCACCAUCGUCAUCAUCAUCAUUGUCAUCGUCAUCGUCGUCAUCAUCACCAUCAUUAUCAUCGUCAUCGUCGUCAUCAUCAUUAUCAAUAGAAUCAUUAAAAUCAUUAGAACCAUUAGCAAGAUGUGAAGUUGCUGGUGGAUAUCAAUAUUGGUUUUCAAUGAAAUCAAUUCAUCGUUAUGAUAUAUUUACAGAAAUGGAUAUUACUAAAAAGACUUCAGAACUAGCAGCAAGUUAUUUUGAUUAUCAAUGGAUAACUGGUAUUACUAUUGAUUGUUCUAUAGCAUUAUUAAAUAUAUGUAUUGGUUUAGCAAUUAUACGAGCUUAUUUUAUAGAUGAUUUAAUUAUACGUCCAAGAUAUGCUGAAAGUCGUGUAACUAUAUCAAGAAGAAAUCAAUUUGAAGUAUUACAUAUAGCUAUUAUAUGUAUAAUACAAGGAUUAUGUCGUUUACCUAAUGCAUUAUUUACAAUGCUUGAUCCAUUAACAAAACCAGGAGAAAUGAAUUUAACAGAUUCUGAGGUUUUAAAAGACAAUGCAUGGCAACGAUUUUUUUCAAUGUUAUCUGCUAAAGUAAUUGGAAUUGAAUUCAGUAAUUUCAUUUCUGUUUUAUUAUUACCAAUAUGUAUUGGAUUCUGUAAAGAAUUUAGACAAAAUUUUUAUGGAUUAUUAAAAUGUAAAAUACCUAAAAUUAUUAAAACUACUCUCUUGUCAUUAUAUCCAAAAUAUACAAGAUCCAGAAUUAUUACAUCAUCUAGAUCACACUUACCUAAUGAUUCUAUACCACAUCAUCAUCAUCAACAACAUCAGAAGGAGCAGCAGAAACAGCAUCAUCGUCCUGAUCACUACACUGGGAAUAAUUCCAAAUCUUAUCAUGAUCCAAACCAUUAUCUAAUAAAUCCAUUAGAAAAUCAUAACAACAAUACAAUUGAUAUAUCGGAAGAUACAACUUCUGAAAGGUAUGUACCAAAUUGUCAUGCUCAUAAGUUAAUUAAUGAAAAUAACAUAGAUAUUCAUAAUGAAACCGAUUUAGAUACAACAUAUGAUAAUACAAAAUCAUUACAUCAAUGUGAUAAUCAACAUCAUCAUCAUCACCAACACCACCACCACCACCACCAACAACAACAACAGCAACAACACCAUUCACGUCAAGAUGAUUUGAAUUCAUUAAAACAAUAUCCAAUAAACUUGCAUAGUAACAAACAAAAUGUACUUUCUAUGAAACCUAUUUGUAAUUUGCAUGAUUCAAUACCUAAUUCAUUAUUUUGUUCAAAUAAUAAAUUAUCAAUUCAAUAUUAUAAUCAUUCUAAACCAAAUUCAUUGAAUAAUCUUUGUCACCAUGGAAAUGAUUGUGAACCAAUUCAAAAAGAUACAAUAAAAUCAAUAUUGGAACAUAGAUCUUAUGUUUGAAUUUAGCGCAGAAUAAUAAUGACAAUAAUAAUUGAACGGUUUAAUGAUAACCUUGAAUUUCUUUUUGUUUAAAUACAUUAAUUUGUAAAAACAAUACCAA